AGUGAUGGGACACAGACAAAUCCAUUGGUGAAGUGAGACAGCAGCUUCCUGACUGCUUUGCAAGGCUGUAAGUACAGGGCUUUUGCAUCAAAACUCUUCUGUAAACUGGUACCCAAGCCUGCUGGAAGGCAGAAUAUUAAAUAUCCACACAUCCACUUAUGGCUCUGUAAAGUGCCAGGGAACUGGGUGGUACUAUUUAUUUCCCACCUGCUUUGCAGAGGUGUAGAUCACUGUGAAAAACAGUGAGAGAAACAAGAUUAAUGUUUUUCCAUUUUUUUAAUCUUGUCAAACCCUCUUCUGAAAUUUCUGCUUAGACAUAACUCCUAGUUUGAGAGAUGCUGUGAACACUGAGAAGGCCCCAUUGCAGCAGUCUCACCCAAGGGCCCGUUGGAAAUACUUUCAGCACUCAGCAAGGACUAAUGUCCCUCAGGAGCAUGAGAGGCAAAACAUGAAUAGCCAAGGGACUAAUGGCCUGAUUUAGAGUUCAUUAAAGUCAGUGGAAACCUUUCCCUCAAUUUUAACAGGCUCUGGAUCAGGAAUGGAGGAAGGAGGGAGAAGGCAGAUGAAAAUGACUGCUUUGAAGGGAAGUCUAUAAUUGUCUUUAAAUAAUCACAGAACUUGGGGUUAAGUAUUGAAUACUGAAGAUCAUGAGAAGUGUUGAUUUUUCUUACAUUUUUUCUUGGAGAAAUUGAACCUGAGACCUCAUCAUAAUUUUACAUACUUUUUGUGCAUUACUGAUUUAUAUCACACCCUACAGAAUUACUAUCUUUAGAUAUCAACAGCAAUAUUCAUUUGCCCAAUAUUUUGUUCCUAUUGGGCAGUGUUGUGCUUCUAUUUCUAGAAACAUUCCCGAUGAAGACCUUGAAUUCUGAGGAUAUUUAAAGAGAGGAAGUCUGAAGGUCAACCAUGGAUCACAAGGCUGAGGAAAAAAGGAAACAGCACCAUAGCCUGACUUUACUAGAACAAGUAAAGAGAAUGAAAGAAUCAACACAGAUAACUGAUGUUGUGCUUGUUGCAGAAGGUGAGAAAUUCCCCUGCCAUAAGGUGGUGCUGGCUGCCUUCAGUCCCUAUUUCAAAGCCAUGUUCACCUGUGGCUUGGUCGAGUGCACGCAGAGAGAGGUGGUGCUGUAUGACAUCUCUGCAGAGAGCGUGUCCACGAUCCUCCACUACAUGUACAGUGCAGAUUUGCUCCUCACGAAUCACAAUGUGCAGACUGUUGCACUGGCUGCAUAUUUCAUGCAGAUGGAAGAUGUUUGCAACAUGUGUCAGAAGUACAUGAUGGACCACAUGGAUGCUUCCAACUGCGUGGGCAUCUACUACUUUGCAAACCACAUUGGGGCAGAAGAUUUGUGUGACCAAGCAAGGAAAUACUUGUAUCAGCAUUUUGCUGAGGUGAGCUUGCAGGAAGAAAUAUUAGAGAUUGAAUUCCAGCAGCUGAUGGCUCUCAUAAAGUCAGACGAUCUGAAUAUUUCCAGGGAGGAAAGCAUUCUGGACCUCGUCAUUAGAUGGGUCAAGCACAGCAGAAAGUCACGUUCAGAACACCUUAUUGAGCUCCUCAAGCAAGUAAGACUGGUACUCAUCAGCCCUUCCUUUCUUGUGGAAGCACGGAAAAGGAACACAAUGAUUCUGUGCAAUUCAGAAUGCAAUGACAUGUUUGAGGAAGCACUGAAAACCAUCAAACUGUCCAGCCACCCUUCCCUCAGCCUGCGAUACGGCAUGGAAACUACUGAUCUCUUGCUCUGCAUCGGCAACAAUUCUCUUGGUAUUAGGUCCAGACAUGGUAGCUACGCUGAUGCCAGUUUUUGUUACGCUCCUGCAACACGAAAGACUUACUUCAUUUCCUCUCCCAAGUAUGGAGAGGGUUUAGGAUGCGUUUGUACUGGUGUUGUCACCGAGAAAAAUGAUAUCAUUGUGGCAGGCGAGGCAAGCGCUGUCAAAAUGUCUAGACAAAAGACCAGGAACAUUGAAAUUUAUAGAUACCACCAGCGAGGAAACCAGUUUUGGCACAGCCUGUGCACCACUCAGCUCCGUGAGCUCUACGCACUGGGCACUGUCCACAACGACCUCUAUGUUAUAGGAGGGCAAAUGAAAGUGAAAAAUCAGUAUCUGGUCACAAACUGUGUGGAGAAGUAUUCCAUGGAGCAAGGCACCUGGAGAGGCACGGCACCUCUUCCAAUACCACUGGCAUGCCAUGUGGUGGUGACAGUGAAGAACAAGCUGUACGUGCUGGGUGGAUGGACACCACAGAUGGAUCUGCCUGACGAUGAGCCGGAUCGAUUAAGUAACAGAACAUUUCGGUACGACCCGGGCCAAGACAAAUGGACGGAAGGAGCUCCAAUGAAGUACUCAAAGUACCGCUUCAGCACAGCCGUAGUCAACGGGGAGAUUUAUGUCUUGGGAGGAAUUGGGUGCCUUGGCUAUGACAGAGGACAGACUCGGAAAUGUCUUGAUGCAGUGGAGAUUUAUAACCCUGAUGGAGACUUUUGGAGGGAUGGACCUCCUAUGCCUUCUCCCCUUCUCUCCUUACGAACAAACUCUACCAGUGCAGGCUGUGUGGAAGGGAAGCUGUACCUUUGUGGAGGAUUUCACGGAGCAGCUCGUCACGAAGUCAUCACCAAAGAGAUCCUUGAGCUGGAUACAUGGGAGAACCAGUGGAAUGUGGUGGCCACCAACGUCCUCAUGCACGACAAUUAUGAUGUUUGCCUUGUUGCCCGGCUGAACCCACGGGAUCUUAUCCCUCCUCCUCCGGAUUUAGUGGACCAAUAGAAGUUCAGUGACUCUCAGCGCUUCCAGACUCUGCAGAAACUGAAGAGUAUGGAGAGACAAAUGCUGCAUUGGCUCUGGGUGAGAGCUGAGUGCCACGGAGAGGAAAUAGCAACACGUGUUCAAGGACAGAAUUGCCUUUCAGCUGUGCUUCUUGGACAAUGCUUAAUUUGCUAGUAGUGGUACUCUAGCCUUCUUGAGCCAUAGUGGGCAAUUAACAGGUUUAUUUUUCAUGCAGCACUGGCAAGUGACCUUCCCCUGCAUGCACCAAGCAUCACCUUUCCUACUGCUCACAGGGUCUGACUGUCAGUGGGGACUCUCGUGUGUGUGUGUGUGUGUCUCAGUUUCUGCCCAAGUUGGAAUGUCUAGUGCUGUAUAGCAAGCAGGAGAAUUUUUUUUUCUGGAUUAAAUACCUAAAAUGGGGACACUACCUUCUUAAUUUUAUGUUGUCCCUAUGUAGUUCAUGGGUUCUCCUUGGGGUUACUACAGUUUCUAAACCAAUAUUUGGAAAUGUAGCUUGGCUGAGGAAGGAAGACGAAGAAAGCACGUUUAUUGAGAGCUAUAGAUCUCAACCAAAAUCCUUCUGAGACUAUAAGAAUACUGCAGGUCUGCUAUGUCCAUGGAUAAUCUCACAUUGCUUGCUGGUAAAGUCCUUAAGAGUCUUAAUUUCUUCUAUGACAAAACCUGAUGCAAGAAAAAUUAUUAAAUAAUUACAGGUUAUGCAUUCUCCAAGCUUGUGGGUUUCACUGAAAUAAUACUUUACUGCAGCCCCUUCCUGUCUGAGCAGUAGUUAGCUGAGUGUUUCAUCAAGGCUGAUUUGACAUUAUCCAUAACUCUAAAACAUAAGCAAAGCAAUGCUGGAAGCUACUAGCUGUUUAAAUGAAUGAGGGGUUAUGAAGCAAAGGCAUAUGCAACAGUUUCACCUGGUUUCCAAAUAUGAAGAAAAAUUUUGGAGAGGUAGCUGGUUGUGUGGCACACAGGGAGUGAAGCAAAAAAAAAAGUGCUAUAAAAAGCUAAUUGAAGCUCUACAUAUUUAUCCCCAGAUAACGUUUUAUUUUGAAAUUGUACAUAUAUAACUGAUUGCAUAAGGGUCCCUGCAGAUUUCUCAUCCCUGUUUUUGUAUGUGUGGUCACAGGAACUGCCCACAUAUGUAAACCAUCAGGCAUCUGACUACCUACCCUCACUCACCACUGCUGGGACUGCCUAUGGCUCAGUCCCUGCCCAUGCCAGGCAAACACACACACAUUUUGCACGUGUGCAAUAUCAAAAUUUGUGGGGCAGUGUCUGUAUUGUGUUCCAGCAGACACACACUGCACUUGGGAAGCCUUGAUUUGUCAAAAGAAAAUUGCCUUUGUGCACAGAGAGCUGUCAACUCCUCUACCAGCACUCCCAAACAUGCUCCAGGUAAGAGGCUGAGGGAGUAUCAAAACUGAGAGACCGGCAACAAGACGUGAGAAGUGCUCCCAGAGUGUUACAACACGCAGUGGAGCCAAGGUGGGGUGAAUGAUCCUCCCCAUCUUCUCCUAGUCAUGGUUCAGAUGCAAAAGGGUUUGGCCCUGGAUCCUUGCCCUGUAUUUUCAAAUCUACUUGAAAUGUGUAAUGAGAUCCAUGAUCAUCUAA